GCCUCUUGAAGCUGCGCAUUGGAGACUCUGCACCAACCUCUCAAACUGUGCCUCACUUCAAUGACAAAGGAGAAAUCAUCUGGACUCCAGCCAAAGUCCUCAACAUAACUGUCGUACAGUAGAAAGGGAGAUCAGUCACUUAGUGGCUAAUCCAAUGGACUGGACUGCCAAUAGAUGAUGCUACUUGGGAAAAUGCACAGUCCAUCAGGGCCCGGACUAAAUUUUGAAUUCAAUUACUUAUAAUUUCUAUUAUUGUUUUGGCUCCAAAAAAUGACGAAUGACCCAUUACGUUUCUAGAUCAUUCAAAAUUGAAUCGAGGGACUAGUGAGUAGUGACAGAGUGAGGAAGAAUUCGGCGAUGGCCGAGUCGACUCAGCUCCAGCUUCAACUUGAGCAAGUCGCGACGAUUCUUGGCCCCGACCCCCUCGCCUCUUUCAAAACCCUAAUCUCCUACCUCCUCUGCCCCUCCUAUUUUGAAAGCCUAAUCUCCUCCUCCCUCUUCUCCUCCAAUUCCGAGCAGCGAUCCCGGGCCGAGCUCGUCUAUAACCUCUUCAAAAAGUACGAUCCCGACUCCCUCUCCCUCACACUCGCUCACCUCCUCCAAUUCUCGCCGGCGCCGGACUCCCGAUUUAUCUCCGCCGUCCUCCUCCGCAAUCAAAUCCACCUCUGGCCAAGCCUCUCGGAGAACACACAAUCCACGAUCAAAUCCGCUCUAUUGUUCUCCAUUCAACGACAGGACAACACGAAAUCGAUUUCAGGCAGCCUCUGCGACGCCGUUUCCGCGCUCGCCGCCGGGAUCUUGCAGGAAAACGGCUGGCCGGAGCUCUUGCCCUUUCUGUUCGCAUCCGUUUCCGCGGAUUCGCUGCCGCCGAUACUUCAGGAAUCGGCAGCGUUCUUGAUAUUCGCGCAGCUCUCGCCGCACUUAUUGCCGUAUAUAAACGAAUUACACACCGUCUUCUUGUCCUGCUUGAGCUCCUCCACAAGGUCAGAUGAAGUUAAGAUAGCUGCGUUUAGUGCUGUGGUCAAUUUCAUUCGGUGUUUGCCCUACUCUGAAGAUGAGGAUAGGUUUCACGACGUCUUGAUAGAAAUGAUGAGAACAGUGAUGGGGAAAUUGAACAAAGGGAAGGAGAUCAUGGCACAGGAAGCGAUCAAGUUGUUCAUUGAAUUGGCCGGGACCCAUCCGUCGUUGCUCAGCCGCAACGGGCAGAUCAUCCGGGCUAUGCUGCAGAUUGCUGAAGCCAUAGAUGUCUUGGAACAAGGGACGAGGCACUUGGCUAUUGAGUUUCUGAUUACUCUGGCCAAGGCCGGAGAGCGUGCACCAUGGAUAAUGAGGAAUUCAGUGCAGUUUGUUGGUCUGUUGUUUUCCAUUUUGAUGAGGAUGGUUUCGGAUGUUGAGGAUGAUCCCUUGUGGCAUAAGGCUGAGACUGAUGAUGAGUAUGCAGGUGUAAGUGCUGAUUACCGUGUUGGGAAUGAGUGUUUGCAUAGGCUUGCCAUUGCGUUGGGCGGCAAUGACAUUGUUCCUGUUGCUUUGAAGGAGUUACCUGCCUGUUUUGCUUCCAAUGAGUGGAAGAAGCACAAUGCUGCACUGGUUGCCCUUGCUCAAAUUUCUGAGGGUUGUUCAAAGGUAAUGAUAAAAGAUUUGGAGCAAGUGGUGGCAAUGGUUUUGAACUCCUUUGAACAUUCACAUAUUCGGGUAAGGCGGUCAGCGAUUAAUGCAGUUGGCCAGUUGUCUACUUAUUUGGCCCCAGACCUGCAAGUUCAAUAUCAUCAACAGGUGUUUUCUGCACUGAAUGCCACUAUAUAUGGUUUGCAGAAUCGUCGUCUGCUGGCACAUGCUGCUUCAGCACUGCAAAAAUUCAUUGAGAAAUGUGCUAGGGAUAUCUUGACACCUUAUUUGGAUGAAGUGUUUUCCCAAUUGGUUGUACUUUUGCAGAGUGAGAUACAAAUGGUGCAAGUAGAAGCAUUGACUGCUUUGGCAUCAGUUGUUGUUUCAUUUCCGGAGCAAUUCCAAAAAUACUAUGAAGUUGUCAUGAUUCCCCUGAGAGCUAUGUUGUUGGAUGCCGCUAAUAACCCAGUUUGGUCCAAGUCCGUGGCGUGUAUUAGCUUGGUUGGUAUGGCUGUUGGAAAGGAGAAAUUCAGGGAUGAUGCUAAGAAAGUCAUGGAAGUGCUGCUGUCUUUUCAAGGAUCUCAAAUGGAGCCAGAUGACCCAACUGCAAGUUGCAUGCUACAGAUAUGCGCUGACCUCUGCAAGUGUCUAGGACAAGAUUUCCUUCCUUACAUGGGUGCUGUUAUGCCUCCUUUGCUUCAGUUUGUUCAAAUUAAGCCUGUUGAAACCGUUAUCUCCGCAAAUGACAAUAGUGAUAUGGAUGAAUCUGAUGAUGAAAGUACGGAAACAAUUACUCUUGGAGAUAAAAGGAUUAGAAUCAAGACUAGUGCAUUGGAGGAAAAAGUUGCAUCUUGCAAUUUGCUGUGUUGCUAUGCUGAUGAACUGAAGGAAGGAUUCUUUCCAUGGAUCGAUCAGGUUGCCCCAACGUUAGUUCCACUUUUAUCUUAUAUCCAUGAAAAAGUGAGGAAGUCUGCUGUUUCAGCAAUGCUGAAGCUACUGCUUACUGCAAAGUUAGCUGUAGACAGAGGGCAAGCUCAAGGUUGUAAUGAAACGUAUUUAAAGAAAUUGUCUGACUACAUCGUUCGAGCUCUGGUGGAAGCAUUACCUAAGGAAGAUGAUUCUGAAAUCUGCACAAAGAUAUUGGAUGCUAUAAAUGAAUGCAUACAGGUCUGGAUGCACACACACACGCACACAGAGACACGCAAAGGCAUGCAGUCUGGAUCAGAAGUGGAUGUCUGCAAAGAUGCAAAAGUGCGGACGCGGCUCAGGGCAGUGUGGAUGGUGCUGGUCUUGCGGGUGCUGAACCAGGCCUCCAUCUUUAGUUUCUUGCAUGUCGAGCUCGAAGUAGAGAUUCAGGUGCAUGAAGUUUUGGGUGAACUUCCUGUCCGGACCUUCAACCUCGAUCACUUUUUCCUCCAUGAUGGUGCCGCCAUCCGGGAUGUUAGUGGUCUCUGAGGAUAGAAUCUGCGCACCAUCUGCACCGCCCUGAGUCGCGUCCGCAUUUUGAUCAGGUUCGGACGUCUGCUUCUGAUCCAGCCUCUUUAUGUAUGUAUUUUUUGUAGUUGAACAUCAGACAUCUCAUCAUGAACGUACAUUGGAUAUAAGUAUGUAGGCAAGAGAGCACAUGCACAACCAAAAUGUAGGGUCAGAAAUCAAAAUUACAUUCCUAAUCCUGAAAGGCUUGGUGUGUUGCCUUAAUCGACCACAAGGGACAAACAAAUCUACACGCAUACCUGGUUGGAUGCAGUGGAAAAUGUUCGCUUCCCAAACCAAAAUUCCAAACAUGGGAAAAGGGUGCAAAGAUUGGAUGAGAAUUUGAAAUUGGAACAUAUUUGGAGUUUUUAGGGUUUUCAUUUUGAUUAGGUCAUAUUAUUACCAUAUAGGAAAAUUUCAUGCUUGAAGAUGUUCAAAAGUUAAUCUGUUACAACAAAUCCAUUUAUUGUCGAACAAAAAAAAGUAAUUGUAUUAAAAGAGCAAAAUUAUUGGUCAAUAACCCACAAUUUAAAUUUUAGUUUGGGAGAAAAUGUAGCUCCUCGGAAUGAAAUGUUAUUUUUGGCUUUGUCCACCAAAAGUAGUACUUGGUUUUGGCAAAUCCAU